UUAAAAAAAUAAUUCCAACCCAAUACGGUUGAUGCGUAUGUUAACCGUCCUCGAUACGCGUCGACGACCUCUUGCUUUCCCCUCCUAUAAAGCCCUCCGUUCCCCCAAUUCGCUCUCAGUUCUUGGUAUCGGAGAUUUCUCGACCCCGAUCUCGGCCGCCGGCGAGAACAAGGAGGGAGAGAGAUGAGCUACUACAACCAGCAGCAGCCACCCGUCGGUGUCCCUCCUCCCCAAGGGUAUCCACCGGAGGGGUAUGGGAAGGAGGCCUAUCCGCCGCCGGGGUAUCCUCAGCAGGGAUACCCUCCGCAAGGUUACGCGCAGGGGUAUCCGCCUCAGGGGUAUCCCCAGCAGGGCUACCCUCCGCCGUACGCCCAGGCUCCGCCUCCGCAGCAGCAGAGCAGCGGGCCGACCUUCCUCGAAGGAUGCUUGGCCGCACUAUGUUGCUGCUGCCUUUUGGAUGCCUGCUUCUGAGACGGUAUGAGGGCUUGAUCCAAUCACAGGGUUUUGGCUUGCAGCAGCAGCAGCAGUAGCAGUAGCAGCAGCAGCAGCAGCAGCGUCAUGUAUGCAAGUCGGUGGGUCGUCGUCAGCUUCUUUCUUAGGAAACACGUUAUCUUACUCUAAAGCUUCCAUUUUCCUCCCUUUUUCUCCUUCCCUCCUUGUCGACGUGACCCGGAAUUGGAUUUGGCUAGGUAUCAUUCUCUAGUAGUUUAGAAGAUUAAAAAAAAAACAAUAAUGGAGACUUGUUGGAUGCUUUGGCGUGUCAAUUAUUCGUGUUUAAUUGUACUCUUUGGUAUGUUCACAUCUUUUUAUAUAUUGCUGUUAUGUUAGUGUUGUUGUUGUCUUGAUUUUUUUUAAGGAUCAAUAAUAACGCAGAUUUGGGCUUUGGCUUGAUAA